AUGGCUUCUGAUGCCUAUAAUAUUCGAGAAGACGAAUCAUUAAAACAUUGUACGUGUUUAGAAUGCCAACUAAUUAGUAUUGAAUUCCCCGAUGGUGCAGCGUUAGUUCCGUUCAAUAGCAUGCUAUCUUCAAUAAAUUAUUGGCGACGACAGAUUCACCCUCCGCAACCUAAGUCACUAAACGAAUAUGUAUCGUACUUGCAAAUGGAUAGAUGGAAAAAUUAUUUGAGCCGUACCAAAAGUGAAUUACAACUGAAGUAUAUACAAAGCAGUGAUAAAUCAUCAGCAGUUGUUUUGGCCGAUAAAGAAUAUCUACGGACAAUCAAGACCAGUCAUUUAUUAAUUGACGCGACAUACAAAGUUUGUCCUCGGGCUCCAGCAGAAAUCUAUCAAUUGCUGACCAUUAUGGCUCUCCACAUCUUAAUAUCGAGAGCGUCACGUCAGAUUUCGAAUUAG